AUGCAACGGUUUUCUUGUCCGUUCAACGCGUCGCUCUCUUGAAAUCUUGCAUCUGUAUGGUCAAUAUGGCUCGCGCACUCACUCUUUUGUCGCUGAGCCUGCUACUGGGCUGUGCAGUCUCUUCCACCAACAACUCUUUGAAUUACGAUGUCCUCCAAUAUAUCGAUCCUUUGAUUGGAACAGCGAAUGGAGGAGAUGUUUUCCCCGGUGCAACGUUGCCUCACGGCAUGGCAAAAGCCGUUGCUGAUACCAACUCUGAGUCCAGUCAGGGUGGCUUCACUUUGGAUGGUUCAAACAUUACCGGCUUUUCAUCUCUGCAUGAUUCUGGGACCGGUGGAUUGCCUUCUUUAGGAAACUUCCCUCUUUUCCCAUAUGCAAAGUGUGUGAAUGAUUCAAUCGACGGGUGUAAAUACCCGAAAAAAGAGAGACCCGUGUCAUUCGACAAUGCGUCCGUUAUUGCCACCCCUGGAUACUUCGCUGUCACUCUGGCUACUGGCAUCAAAGUUGACAUGACAACUACUCAACACACCUCUCUCUUCCGAUUCCAAUUCCCGAACGGGGAUCCUUCUGAUAGUCCGCUUAUCUUGCUGGACUUGACUGAUUUGUCCGACUCACGACAAGACAACGCAACCGUGGAUGUCGAUGUAUCUACUGGUCGUAUGACGGGUUCUGGUCGAUUCGUACCCAGUUUCGGCUCUGGAAACUAUGUAGCCUACUUCUGUGCGGACUUCAAAAGUUCUGCUGGGAUCCGUGAUAAUGGUAUCUUUGUUAACUCACGUGCUACUGCCGAUGCCAAAUCACUCAAGAUCUCUAGAAGUAUCAAUGGCUAUCCAUUGCCUGGCGGUGCAUGGGUGCGAUUCAAACCUGAAACGGACUCGACAGUUCUUGCACGUGUUGGCUUGAGCUUCAUCAGUGAAGAUCAAGCCUGCUCUAAUGCGGAGAAAGAGAUACCAGAUUUCGACUUCGAUGGCAUUCACUCAGCAGCAGUGAGCGCCUGGAAAGAGAAACUGAGCCCUAUUCGAGUAUCUCGUGAAGGCAUCAAUAAAACGCUUCUCACCAACUUCUACAGUGGAAUAUACCGGACCAUGACACAGCCCCAAGACUACACAGGAGAGAACCCGCUUUGGGAAAGCUCCGAGCCAUACUUUGAUUCUUUCUAUUGUAUCUGGGAUCUUUUUCGCUCACAGAUGCCAUUUUUGACUUUAAUAGACCCUGAGACGGUGACCAAGAUUAUUCGAUCAUUGGUGGAUACACAACAGCAUCUGGGAUGGCUCCCCGAUUGCCGCAUGUCACUCUGCAAAGGCUAUACCCAAGGUGGAUCUAAUGCAGACAAUGUCAUUGCCGAUGCCUACAUCAAGGGUCUUACGGGCGGCAUUGACUGGGAGGCUGCAUAUGCUGCCGUCCAGAAGGAUGCUGAGGAAGAGCCUUAUGACUGGUCGAACGAAGGCCGCGGUGGACUGCAAAGCUGGAAGUCUCUGAACUACAUUCCAGUGCAGGACCUUGACUAUAUUGGUUUCGGCACAAUGACGCGUAGUAUCUCACGCACUUUGGAAUACGCUUAUAACGACUUUGCUAUUUCGCAGAUCGCACGGGGUAUGAACAAGACAUCAGACGCUGAGAAGUACGAAAAGACUUCAACCUAUUGGCAGAAUCUUUUCAAAGCCGACCAAACAUCAUUCAUGAACGGAACCGACACUGGCUUUAGAGGUUUCUUCCAACCCAAGUACUUGAACAAAACUUGGGGCUUCCAGGACCCUCUUAUGUGCUCAAACCUCGAUAAUAGUGGAUCUAUCUGCUCUCUGCAAAACUCCGCCGGAGAGACCUUUGAAUCGAGUAUCUGGGAGUAUCAAUUUUUCGUCCCUCAUGACAUGGCGACUUUGAUCACAAUGCUCGGUGGAUCAUCUACUUUCGUUAAACGUCUUGACUACAUGCACGAUAAACAAAUCACUUAUAUUGGCAACGAACCCGCAUUCCUUACUGUCUACCAGUACCAUUACGCCGGCCGGCCAAGUAAGUCGGCUAGUCGCGCUCAUUACUAUAUUCCCGAAUACUUUGGAACAACACCUGGUGGACUCCCCGGCAACGAUGAUUCAGGAACCAUGGGUGCAUUUGUAGCCAUGUCGAUGAUGGGACUAUUUCCUAACCCAGCCCAAAACGUUUACUUCAUCAUUCCGCCUUUCUUUGAGUCUGUGCAAUACACUUCACCAUUGACCAACAAGACUUCAACUAUCAAGACAGUCAACUUCGAUGCAGAGUACAAGAAUAUUUACAUCCAGUCUGCCACCUUGAAUGGCAAGCCUUACACCAAGAGCUGGAUUGAUCACAGCUUCUUCACUGACGGAAUGGAGCUUGUUCUCACGUUGGGACGCAAUGAAAGUUCUUGGGGUACUCACGCUGCUAAUUUGCCUCCUUCACUAUCAACUCAGGGGUCUUCAAGCAUUGAGUAG